UUACUGCUAUAUCGACCUCAAUCUCUUAACGUACAAUUCACCUGGUCGUACGCAUCGAUUGCGAACUUGCAGACGUCAUCACCGCCCUGAAGCAUAACAUCUGCAUCACACGAUCAUUCGCAGCCUUGAAUUAUCAUCGGAGAUUGCAAAACAAUCCCCAUCAUCAAGAUGAAGUUCCUUCCGCUUCGCGAUUUCGACAUCGUUACAUCGGCGCUCAAUUUCACAACGCCUGAUUGUCGCGUGACUGGUGGCUGCGAUUUGUAUGCGACCAAAGCUGCAGGAUCCGAUAAGAAGCUAUACAAGAAUAUCGACCGCUCUCUCGAAUCCCAACAUGCUGCACUACUCAAGUUCGGCGCCUCUUUGUCGCCUCCCCAACGCGAGAAGAUGGAAGCAUCGCUCAACUUGUCGCGCUCAAGUCCUUUUGGAUCCCUCUCCGAUACGUCAAGUCGUCGCACCUUUGCCUACCUGAUCGCGACCCUCAACGCGAGUCAUCCAGAUUACGACUUCUCACACGUAUUGCGACCCAACGAUUUCCGUAAGGAGUGGAAUCUGCCUCGAGUCAUGGCAUCAAUCGACAGUACUCUGAACAAUGUGCGCCCUCACGCGGCCACUCACCUAUCGCCUAACAUAACCUCGGCGUACAACCCGGCGCAUUCGGCCACUGUCGCCGCUCCAAAUGGCGGUCACGCCAUCAGCAGCCCGGCAUGGGGUCCACAAAUGUGGUCCAUGAUGGAUAAAGAGAUGAAGCUUAAAGACUGCACGUGUUUCUCUUAUCAGCCCGCCGAUGAUCCAUUUGAUGGCGAGGAAUCCGCCAUCUGGCGAAUGCAUUAUUUUUUCUUCAACAAGGCGCUGAAGCGUGUGGCCUACCUGUAUGUCAGGGGCGUACCUGCCAUCGUGCAUUCACCUGCACUAGGUCCACAUGGCAUGCGUCGCGGAAGUAGCUCUGUGGCUAAGCGCCAGGCUACCGCUACGCUCUCGUCAGGCGCAAAUAAGCGUGCUAAGUUUUGGCUGGGUGAUCGCUAUGCGGACACCAUCAUUACUGUUGAAGAUGAUGAUGACGACUACGAUGAUAAUGAGGCGAACGCAAUCAUGUGGGAUCCAGAUGAGGAUGUGGAUAUUGACCCGCUCAAUGCACCCAGUAGUCCCGAGGCCAGCGACGAUGAGUACUUCCAGGAGGAUAGUGAGGAUGAGAGCGACGAAGCAAGCAUCGCGCGAAGUCCGGUAAGAGGCGUCAGUGAGGAUAUUGCAUCCAGGAUGGACAUCGAGUAAGAUGAUGAGUGGAGGGUUUGGGUGUUAUAUAAAUGACCCGUUUGUGGUAACUAGGAGCUAUGACGUUUCGGAAGCUUUUGUGUCUGAUGAUGCCAUUGGAUGGGAUUCAACACCAGCAUUGGACUCUGACCAGCCUUGAUUUGUUUGACGGGGAUUGAGGUUCAGAAGUAACCUUGAUCUUGACCGGGAAGGAGGCGUACCACUCGGUCAAGGCCAGGGUUGCACAGGCUUGGAUGGAAGCUCAUGAUGACAAUUUCCUUUGAAGUCUUUGCGUUGCGUUG